GACGCGUGUCUUGGUCUCUGCCCCUAUCAGUGCGCCUGCUGAUGGCACCCCAGACGCUUGGGACCCUGGUCACCUUCCCUUUCCAAGCUCACGAGAACUUCAGUUCUUAGCCUGGGCUGGCAGCGCUGGGCUUUUCUCAUUCUUCAAACCGGUUGGCGUAGUUUCUAUGCUUCUGCCUUGGCCCCCUCGACGUUUUUCCUAACUGUGAACUUAAUAUAUAAUAUCCUUAAUCUGCCCGUUAUCUGGUAAAACCGGUCGAUCAUCUCCUUUUCCAUGUCAUAGUCUACACAGCUGGUCUACGACUUACACUCCUUAUUUCCCAUUUUGGUUCUCUACUACAAGUGUACAUACCUCACAUUCCUAUAACAUCAGAUAUUUUACAUAUCUAUAUAUUCACAUUCCCUAUCCUUACAGUGAUCGACAUCGUCUCAUCUCCGCCACCAUGCUUCUCAAGCUUCUCGCCUCCGCACUGGCGGUAACGGUUACAACCGUCUCGGCCGAGGGCGCCCCCGGUUACUCGGGUUACAGAACGGUUUGGGUGGAAACGUUCGACGGCGCCGCCGGGGCUCAGCCCAACGGUAACAACUGGAACAUCAUCACUGGCAUCCACGUCAACAACGAAGUGCAGGACUACACCUCGUCGUCACAGAACCUCCAGCUGAGCGGCGGCGCCACCGUGCAGAUCGUGCCGCGCAAGGACAGCAGCGGCAAGUGGACAUCAGCUCGCAUCGAAUCCAAGUACACGUUCACGCCCACCGCAGGCACCGUGACGAUGGCGGAGGCAAAGCUACGGUUCGGCGACAACGCGAUCGCCAACAAGGCCGGGCUGUGGCCCGCGUUCUGGCUGCUGGGCGACUCGAUCCGGCACGGGACGGCGUGGCCGGCGAGCGGCGAGGUCGAUAUCAUGGAGACAGUCAACGGGCAGCUGACGGGCCAUGGCACGCUGCACUGCGACGUGUACCCCGGCGGUGCCUGCAACGAGCCCAACGGCAUCGGCGGCCCCGUCGGCAUCCCCGACCAGAGCUGGCACAGCUGGCGCGUCGUCUGGAACCGCCGCGCCAGCACCUGGACCGGUGAGACGAUUACGUGGUACUUGGAUGGCAAUCAGUUCUUCCAGGUCUCGGGCGCGCAGAUCAAUAACCAGGGCGUCUGGAACACGCUGGCGGGCGCGCCGCUGUACUUUAUUUUGAAUGUCGCGGUUGGGGGCGACUGGCCUGGCCCGCCAAACUCGGCUACCCAGGACGGCUACGGCAGCAUGAUGGAGGUCGCGUACGUUGCGCACUACCUCGCCAACUAGGCAACCUGAUGCUGAUAAUGCAUUAUUACAUUCAUUACGAGAACAACAGCUUAUGAGUAUAUACCUAGUCCAGGUAUGGAUGAGAGAUUAGCAUGCGGUGGAGUUUUGGGGGAAAGGGGUUGGAGGUCUUGGUUUUGAUUUUCUCUUUUGGCAUUCUUCGUCCUUCGCUACUUGAACAUAUUUGAGACACCCUUUUUUGGAACUGCAUAUACCCACCAAUCACUUUCGCUUCUUGUAUAUAGUUACAAAGACAUUACAUAUGUCAUAUGUAUAUAGGUAUUAACUAGGUAACGCGCCUAGGUACUGUCAAUAGGUAUUAUCUAGGUAUUUACAGAUUUAUUACCUCAAGUGGUUGUUUAAUAGGCACUCUAUAGCACGUGCCUGUCUACCAACCUUGGAAGUUAACCCGUUAGUAGCCUGGGUGGUUGACAUUAGGGUUUACAGCUGGUGCAAGUGUAC